AACCACGUUGCGCAGCACCGUAGGAUCAGCAGGCGUGCGUUUCAUUUGUUUUGAUUUGAUUCUGAUGUUGCUCCGGAGAUGUUUCCUGUUCCCGUUUCCCGCCGUGCGGUUGGUGCGCAGGAGUCUGCACCGCAAGCAUGACCACAUUGUGCUGCACCCCGAGAUCCGGCAAGCGCUGCAGCUGCAAAAGCCGGUGGUGGCCCUAGAAUCCACGAUCAUUACGCACGGGAUGCCAAUGCCGGAGAAUGUCGUUACGGCGCUGGCGGUGGAGGAGCAAGUUCGUCAGAAUGGAGCCAUUCCCGCCACCAUCGGCAUUCUGGACGGACGCAUCAAGGUCGGCCUGACUCGUGAGGAGCUCACUUCGCUUGCCGAAAAGCCCCGGGAUCAGGUGAUUAAGUGCUCCCGUCGGGAUUUGCCCUUUGUGGUGUCAAGGAGACAGAGUGGUGGAACCACCGUCGCCGCCACAAUGAUCAUUGCCCAUCGGGUAGGCAUCCACGUGUUCGCCACUGGAGGAAUUGGUGGGGUCCAUCGGGAUGGCCACGAAUCCAUGGACGUUUCAGCAGAUCUCACCGAGCUGGGACGCACUCCGGUGGCCGUAGUAUGCAGCGGGGUCAAAUCCAUCCUAGACAUUCCCCGCACGCUGGAGUUCUUGGAGACGCAGGGCGUGUGUGUGGCCAGUUUCGACAGUCCUGGUGGCGUCUUUCCGGAUUUCUACACACGGGACAGUGGCUGCACCGUGCCCUACAACCUUAAAAGUGCCCAGGAGGCAGCUGAGCUGCUGCGAUCUUGGCGGGAAUUGAAAAUGGAAUCAGGCCUGGUAAUUGGUGUUCCCAUUCCGGAGGAGUUUGCCGCAGAUAAAUUCAAAAUUGAGGAGGCCAUCAAGGAAGCAACUGCUCAAGCCAGGGCCCAGGGAAUUUCCGGCAAGGAGGUUACUCCAUUCCUGCUGGCCGCCAUAGCCAAGAUCACCGAAGGAAGGAGCCUUAAGUCUAACAUAGCACUAAUCAAGAACAAUGCCAAGGUUGCUGCUCAAAUCGCCGCAUCGCUUUGUGACGUGUCCACGAAACUGGAAAGCCCGGUCCAAAAAGCAAUCGAUAAAAAGCCACUGGUUGUGGGAGCCUCCAUCCUGGAUCUUUCCUUUAAGGUGGACGAUCAGAAACGCGACAUGAAGCUUGAUGGAGCGACGUAUUCCGCGGUAGCUAAACAGGCGGCUGGGGGAGUGGGUCGGAACAUAGCUGAGGGCAUCUACAAGCUAUACGGAGAUGUAAACCUAAUUUCCGCCGUGGGAAACGACCAGAUGGGACAAACGCUGCUUCAAAUGAUGCCAAAGGCGCUGAAGCGGGGCCUAAUUGUGGCGGACAACCACAACACCUCAUUGUGCUCCCUAAUCUUCGAUAAGUUUGGAGAUUGCAAGCUGAUUCUGGGCAACAUGGAAAUCCACCAGAGCAUUACAGCCGAGACCCUGCAAGCGCACCACCAACUCUUCCGAGAAGCUCCUCUCAUCAUCAUGGACAGCAACAUAUCGGAGCAGGCCAUGGCCAGCAUUCUGCAGCAGGCGCAAAUCAACAAGAUUCCAGUCUUCUUCGAGCCCACAGAUAUGUUCAUAGCCGGUAAACCGUUCAAGCUGCUGCCGGAGUUAACCAAGAACAUACGCCUGAUCAAACCGAAUAUGCAGGAGUUGAAAACUAUUACGGAGGCUAUAACGGGCGAAACUGUCAAAUGGAAUCCAGAAACCAAACAGCCACAAACGGAACUGGUUCAGCAAGCGAAGUCCUUGAUCAAAAAAAUCGACAGCCACUUCAAUUGCAUCAUAGCUACGCUGAGUGACCACGGGGUGCUACUCAGCUAUCGAGGGGACGCUGAAAACGAUGCCAGAUUGCUCCUCGAUGUGAGUAAGCCCACGCCGCCACACAGCACUCGCUUCUAUCCCGCUCCCAUGGUUCACAAUAUUGUGAAUGUCUCCGGAGCGGGCGAUAGUUUCUGCGCGGGCUUCAUCACUGCCCUGCUGCGAGGGCGAUCUCUGGACGAGUGCAUCGCCGGCGGCUUUGUGGCCGCUGAAAGGGCACUGCAGUCUGAGUCCGCCGUUCCCGCAACGUACUUCUCAAAUCAAGAAUCUUUUGAGAGUCGCUACAAGCAUACUGCCCGGAUCAUUCAACAGCAGAGCAUAUAGAUGGUACUUUGAACACCAAAAAGAACGAAGGCAUUUACUCAGGACGUUUUACUUUAUUCCUAAGUAUUUUCUUACCGUGUACAAGUUAAUGAUUUGUUAAUAAGCCCAUCUGAAAGAUACAAUUAGAGUCUGUAUAUUGUUAU